UUUAUAUUCUUACAAAGAGAGACACCAACAGAAGUUAACUUAAGCUUAAGUUCCUGUAAGAACAAAAAGUUAAAUUAGGGUUUUGAGCUCUGAAUACCGCAACAAUGGCGGAAGAAAAUGUGAAGUCAAAUGAUCGUCCUACCUUUAUGCUUUACAACUCCAUGACUAAGCAAAAGGAAGUUUUUAAAACCAAGGUUCCAAACAAGGUUUCAAUGUAUGUUUGUGGUGUUACUGCGUAUGAUUUCAGCCACAUUGGUCAUGCUCGUGCGUAUGUUGCUUUCGAUGUUCUUUACCGAUACUUGAAGGAAUUGGACUAUGAAGUUACAUAUGUUCGGAAUUUCACUGAUGUUGAUGACAAGAUUAUACGUAGAGCAAAUGAGCGUAAGGAGAAAGAUCCAGAAGAUCCACUGAGUGACCCUUUAAUGUUAAGCAAUCAUUUUUGUGAAGAGUUCCUUAAGGAUAUGGAUGAUCUACAGUGCCUGCUUCCUACUCAUCAGCCACGCGUUUCUGAUCACAUGGAUCAGAUUAGAGACAUGAUAGCUAAGAUAAUUGAAAAAGGUUAUGCGUAUCCUCUUGAUGGAGAUGUUUAUUUUGCCGCUGAUAAGUUCCCAAAUUAUGGGAAAUUAUCUAGGCGGAAGCUUGAGGACAAUAGAGCAGGUGAAAGGGUUGCUGUAGAUUCUAGAAAGCGUCAUCCUGCUGAUUUUGCUUUAUGGAAGGCUGCUAAACCUGGUGAGCCAAGUUGGGACAGUCCUUGGGGUCCAGGAAGGCCAGGAUGGCACAUAGAAUGCAGUGCAAUGAGUGCUCAUUACCUGACUUUCUCUUUUGAUAUCCACGGUGGUGGAAUGGAUUUGAUAUUUCCACAUCAUGAAAACGAGCUGGCCCAGAGUUGCGCUGCAUGUGAAGAGACUGACAUUGGUUACUGGUUGCAUAAUGGGUUUGUGACUAUUAAUGAAGAGAAGAUGUCAAAGUCAACUGGAAACUUCUUUACUAUUCGUGAGGUUACCAAACAAUACCAUCCCUUGGCUUUGAGGUACUUCUUGCUGAGCAUGAACUACAACUCUCCUGUCAAUUAUUCAUUGUCACAAUUAGAUAUUGCAUCUGAUGCAGUCUUCUUUGUUUAUCAGACGCUGCUAGAUUGUAGGAAUGCUAUAUUGUCUUUUGAUAGUGGAAACUCAAAUGACAAGCCUAAAUCAAAUACCAAACAACCUAGUAAACCUUCUGAGGCUAAGAAUCUGAAGACAGAUUUUGAAUGCAAAAUGGCUGAUGAUUUGCACACGGCAGAAAUUUUGAAGGGCAGUCUUCAACAUGCACUUACGGCUAUUAACAACGAAUUAAACGGGCUUAAGAAGAAGCAGAAGCAACAAAAAAUGUUGGCUGUUCAGGCUCUUAAAGAAUUGGAGGAGGCAGUCACUAAGGUUUUGGAUAUCCUAGGGUUGCUUUCUACUCUGCCGUAUUCUGAGGUUUUGCAGCAGUUGAAGGAGAAGGCUUUAAUUAGAGCCGAGCUAACUGAAGAUGAGGUAUCACGUCUAAUAGAAGAAAGGGCUGCUGCUAGAAAAAUCAAAGAUUUUACAAAAACUGACCAGUUGAGGAGUGAAUUAACCGCUAAGGGUAUCAGCUUGAUGGAUUUACCCACAGGCGGCACGGUUUGGAGGCCAUGUCAGCCAAAGUGAAGCAAUUAACAAAAUGAUUAAACUGAUUCUUUUUGUUUUAGACUUGAAGGUAACACAUAUACACUUGAGAAAUUGUAUGCACAAUUUUGUUGUGGGGUUUCAUCUUGUUUCCCCAUUUCAGUCAACUUAUCUUUGUGUCCAAAACAAUCAUACAGCAAACUAGUAAAUUAUGAACACUUUUUUUUACAACUUUUUCUCCCCCUUUGUCUGGUUCUGUUCUUUUUGAUUCAUGUAUCUUUCAUUUAAUUUUUUUUUAUGUGAUGGAGGAAGGGUUUCAGUCGAAUCGAGUCUAAUGUGAUUUGGUUUGGCAGCAAAUGUAUAGAGAAGUAGAUUAUUAAAGACCCAGCUGCUGGUGUUUGUUACCAGAUCGA